AUGGCCGGCAAGGUCGGCGCCUUCUCUGAUUGCUUCGGCGGGCACAAAAACCUUUGGGAGACGCUCGUCGCCUCGGCAGCGACGCACGGUCCCCUCCAGUGUGCGGGCGUGCGCAAGAUUCUCGAAGUCGUGCCCGAGGGGGGCUUCGAAAAGCUGCGCAUGGCGCCCAACUACGAGUGGAUGACCUACUCCGAGUACUUCAAGACGGCCGACUCGCUCGGCGCCGGCCUCGCCGAGGCCAUCCCCGGCCUAAAGGCGAACGACACGGUGGUCAUCUACGCAGACACGCAGCGCGACUGGAUGCUCGCUGCGUACGCCUGCUGGCGGCAGGGGUACGUCGUUGGGACGAUCUACGCGACGCUCGGCGCCGAGGGCGCCGAGUACGGCAUCAACCAGUCCGGCUGCAAGGCGCACGCGCCGCCCGCGGUCGUCGCAGACUCCAAGCUGCUCAAGAUCCUGGCGCUCGGCGACGUGGCCAUCGUCGCGCCCUCCAUCUUCGUCGCCGCACCGGCGGUGCUCGACAAGGUUCUCGUCGGCAUCAAGGCCAAGUUCGCCGCGCUGCCUGGAAUCCUGCAGGGGCGCGUCAACGCCGCGAUCGCCAACGGCAAGUGCGACUACGACUCGGGCGGCGUGCAGAAGCUGCUCGGCGGCAACGUGGAGCUGAUGAAGUUUGUGCAGACCGUCUUCAAGUGCCGCGUGCGGCAGGGCUACGGCCUCACCGAGACGUGCGCGGCCACGUGCAUCGCCCUCGCGAGCGACAACACCACGGCGCAGGGCGGCUACAUGAACGCCGACAAGGACAACAAGGAGAUCGGCAUGCCCCGCGGCGAGAUCCUCAUCGGCGGGCCGGGCGUGUGCGACGGCUACCUCGUCGACCCGGCCGCGCCGGACCCGGACGUGGUGGCGAAGAACCGCGACGAGUUCGUGACGAUCGACGGCCAGCGCUACUUUUGCACCGGCGACGUCGGCCAGUACACGCCCGAGGGCAACCUGAUGAUCAUCGAUCGCAAGAAGGACCUGGUCAAGCUGCAGCAGGGCGAGUACGUCGCCCUCUCCAAGGUUGAGAACGUGCUCAAGACGUCGCAGUACACGGCGCUGCCGAUGGUGUACGCGCUUUCCUCGAUGUCGUACUGCAUCGCGCUCAUCUGCCCAAACGAGGGCCCGCUCAUGAAGCUCGCGGCCUCGCUCGGCGUGUCGGGAGAUCUCGGCGCCGUCUGCGAGGACGCAAAGGUGGUCGCCGCCGUGCUCAAGGACAUCACCGCCGAGUGCAAGAAGGGCAAGCUCGCCAAGUUUGAGAUCCCGACCAAGGUCAUCCUCGUCGCCGAGCUCUGGACGCCGGAGAACGAGCUGCUCACGGCGGUGCGCAAGCUCAAGCGGCGCGAGAUCGUCGCGUGCCACAAGGCGCAGAUCGACAAGUGCUACGUCUAG